CCUUUCUUCCUUUUCUGUUUCCUUUUCUUCCCCCCCCUUGCUCCUUCUCCUUCUUUGUAACUAACAAAACCACCACCAACUCCUCCUCCUGCCGCUGCUGCCCUUCCUCCUCCUCCUCAGUCCAAGUGAUCACAAAAGAAAUCUUCUGAGCCGGAGGCGGUGGCAUUUUUAAAAAGCAAGCACAUUAGAGAGAAAGGAAAAAAAAAAAAGAAAAAAAAAAAAACAAAAGCAAAACAAAACCCAGGCACCAGCCAGACAGCCCAUUUUUUUUUCCACCCUUCCUGAAAACAAACAACCAAACAACCAUCAAAACAGUCAUCACCACCAUCAUCAAAACUGUUAACAUAGCAGCGGCGGCGGCGGCAAACGUCACCCUCUGGCCACGGCGUCCGCCUAAAGGGAUGGUUUUCUCGGCGGAGCAGCUCUUUGCCGACCACCUUCUUCACUCGUGCUGAGCAGGAUUUUUGGGCUCUCCGGGGUUCGGGCUGGGAGCAGCUUCAUGACUACGCGGAGCGGGAGAGCGGCCACACCAUGCGAGCACAAAUUGAAGUGAUACCAUGCAAAAUUUGUGGCGAUAAGUCCUCCGGGAUCCACUACGGAGUCAUCACGUGCGAAGGCUGCAAGGGAUUCUUCAGGAGGAGCCAACAAAACAAUGCCUCUUACUCCUGCCCAAGGCAGAGAAACUGUUUAAUCGACAGAACCAACAGAAACCGUUGCCAACACUGCCGACUGCAGAAGUGUCUUGCCCUCGGGAUGUCGAGAGAUGCUGUGAAGUUCGGGAGGAUGUCCAAGAAGCAGAGGGACAGCCUGUACGCCGAGGUGCAGAAGCACCAGCAGCGGCUGCAGGAGCAGCGGCAGCAGCAGAGCGGGGAGGCGGAAGCCCUCGCCAGGGUCUACAGCGGCAGCAUCAGCAACGGCCUGGGCAACCUGAGCAACGAGGCCGGCGGCGCCUACGCCAACGGACACGUCAUCGACCUGCCCAAGUCCGAGGGCUAUUACAGCGUGGAUUCCGGCCAGCCGUCCCCUGAUCAGUCAGGACUUGACAUGACUGGAAUCAAACAGAUAAAGCAAGAACCUAUCUAUGACCUCACCUCCGUACCCAACUUGUUUACCUAUAGCUCUUUCAACAACGGGCAGCUAGCACCCGGGAUAACGAUGACUGAAAUCGAUCGAAUUGCACAGAACAUCAUUAAGUCCCACCUGGAGACGUGUCAGUACACCACGGAGGAGCUGCACCAGCUGGCAUGGCAGACCCACACCUACGAGGAAAUUAAAGCCUAUCAGAGCAAGUCCAGGGAAGCACUAUGGCAGCAAUGCGCCAUCCAGAUCACUCACGCCAUCCAGUAUGUGGUAGAGUUUGCAAAGCGGAUAACGGGCUUCAUGGAGCUCUGUCAAAAUGAUCAGAUUCUACUUCUGAAGUCAGGUUGCCUGGAAGUGGUGUUAGUGAGAAUGUGCCGUGCCUUCAACCCAUUAAACAACACUGUUCUGUUUGAAGGAAAAUAUGGAGGAAUGCAGAUGUUCAAGGCCUUAGGUUCUGAUGACCUAGUGAAUGAAGCAUUUGACUUUGCAAAGAAUUUGUGUUCCUUGCAGCUGACUGAGGAGGAGAUUGCUUUGUUCUCAUCUGCUGUUCUGAUAUCUCCAGACCGAGCCUGGCUGAUAGAACCAAGGAAGGUCCAGAAGCUUCAGGAAAAAAUUUAUUUUGCACUUCAACAUGUGAUUCAGAAGAAUCACCUGGAUGACGAGACCUUGGCAAAGUUAAUAGCCAAGAUACCAACCAUCACGGCGGUCUGCAACUUGCACGGGGAGAAGCUGCAGGUAUUUAAACAAUCACAUCCAGACAUAGUGAAUACACUCUUUCCUCCAUUGUACAAGGAGCUCUUUAAUCCUGACUGUGCCACCGUCUGCAAAUGAAGGCAACGAGAGAACUGUCUCCUAGUCGUGGAAUGCGUCACCAUUAAGACAAAAGCAAUGUGUUCAUGAAGACUUAAGAAAAAUGUCACUACUGCAACAUUAGGAAUGUCCUGCACUUAAUAGAAUUAUUUUUCACCGCUACAGUUUGAAGAAUGUAAAUACGCACCUGAGUGGGGCUCUUUUAUUUGUUUGUUUUUGAAAUGACCAUAAAUAUACAAAUAUAGGACACUGGGUGUUAUCUUUUUUUUUUUUUUAAUUUUAUUUUAUUCGGGUAUGUUUUGGGAGACAACUGUUUAUAGAAUUUUAUUGUAGAUACGUACAAGAACAGAGCGGUACUUUACAUGAUUACUUUUCCUGUUAAUUGUUCAAAUAUAAUUUAAGAAAAUUCCACUUAAUAGGCUUACCUAUUUCUAUGUUUUUAGAUAGCUGAUGCAUGUGUAAAUUUGUAGCUGUCUUGGAAAGCACUGUGCAUGUAUGUAAUAAGCAUAUAAUAUCUGAGAAUAUUAUAUAUGACUAUUACUUACACAUGCACAUGCACUGUGACCUAAAAUCCCAUACAUACUAACAAAGGAGGUUCAGUCAGGCUCUCUUAUAUUAUUUACCUUCUGUGUUAUAUGUUACCUUUAUGUUAGACAAUCAGGAUUUUGUUUUCCCAGCCAGAAUCUUCAACUAUCGUCGAUGGCAGGAUGGUACCAAUUCAGAGAUAACGUCUACAAAGGAAUAAAUAUAAUGCACGGCCUCUGUAUAAGAACUCUGUUUCUAUCAAUGACAUCAAAGCCUUGUCAGGAUGGUAAAU